AAUAUAAAUAAAUAAAUGAAGACUAAUUAUGAUACAUAACUAACGCAGUGCAGUGCAUAACAAUAGAAAAAGAUGUGAAAUCCACCAAGUUGACGAAUUUACGCACACAAGCUUUGUGGUGGUUGGUUGACUACUACAAUUGCAUAUGUAUGUAUACACACACAAAAACAUACACAUGAGCUUGCGUAGGAGGCAUCAAAAUAACAACAGCAGCAAUAGCAGCAGCAGUCACAGCAACAAGGAAGAAGUCGUCGCCAACAUAUGUUCGAUGCAUCAAUGGUGCGUCAGUAGUAACGUUCCAUGGAAAUUCCAGUGCCAAUGCCAAGCAGUCAAAGCAAGCUAACGCUAGCUAAGUGAUUAUCAAUAUCAUUCAAUAGCCUUCACCUUCACCUCCUCCUCUUCCUUCCUCCAUUAAGAAACAUAGCCAUAGCCCAUAGCAGCCAGUUGCCAGUUGCCAGUAGCCAGUAGCCACAAUUCACUGGCAACACAAUACACAACCAAUACCAAUAUCGAUACCGAUACCUCUCACUGUCAGUCAGACAGUUAAAAAAAAACAAGUGUCAACUACACCUACACACACCAUUACACCAAUACACUAACACACACGAACUGAAACAAACAGUAGCAGGCAGGAAAAUAUUGUGAACGCCAAGUGCCCGCUGGAGAGCGCGCAGCGCACUAUGGGCAAUUGCCUGAAAUGCUUCCAGUCGUCGUCUGCCGCACCAACGUUGCCAACCAGCUGCUCGUCCACACCAAACGCAUUGCAUACAAACGCUAACAGCUGCCAAGCGGCCACCAGCAUUGGCAACUGCUACGACAUCGUUGGGCCCAAUGCAAAUGAACGUUGCGGCAUUUACAACGACAGGCCACGCGAAACGGAUGAAUUGCUCUCUAAUCGAACUCCACUCAAGCCAGCAAAUAAUUGUGAUACUAAGCGUAAUAGUUUUAAGUCCUUAGGCUUGCUUAAUGGAAGUGCGCCGACCAUGAGCGAAAUUAUAACAACUGCAGUCAAGGAAUCAAUGGAAGUGUCACAUCAAACGCUAAACAAAUUAUUCGAAGUGUACAAAGAUCCAGAUGAUGAAGAUAUGAUACUCACUGAUGGCAUUGAGCGCCUGUGCAAUGAUCUUAACUAUCAGCCCGAUGAAUUUGCAAUACUUGUGCUUGCCUGGUGCUUGGACGCUUCACAGAUGUGCCGCUUUACCAAAACGGAAUUUAUUGAUGGUCUGCACAAGAUGCGAGCGGACACAAUUGCCAGCAUACGCUUAAGGCUUGAGCAAACAAUUGAAAUGCUUGUGGUUGACUCUGAGAUGUUUAAGCAGCUCUAUCGUUUUACCUUUCGUUUUGGCUUGGAGCCGGAUCAGCGCGUUUUGUCGUUGGAAAUGGCAAUCGAUUUGUGGAAACUUGUGUUCACUGUACAAAGACCUGAUCUCUUUUCAAACUGGGUAAACUUCCUCGAAAAGCAUCCGAACAUACGCCGCAUACCCAAGGAUACAUGGAACAUGUACCUCAAUUUUACUGAACAAUGUGAUAUAGAAAAUUACGAUGAUACCGAAGCGUGGCCAAGUCUCUUUGAUGACUUUGUCGAAUACGAAAAGAAUCGUGCGCUCGAAGUGGCCGUCCACGAUGAUGACAACAACAAUGACGAUCCAUUACAUAGCCAUGUGAAGGCCGGCGGCGAUACGGACCAUGUGUCAUAGUUUUAGAUGCAGCCACUAGCCAAACCCACACACAUAACAGUUGAAGGGCCAAGCAGCAACAGCGUUUAACUCGCCAAUAGAAACUUAAAGCUCUUCAUUUUCAACACAAUAUUUAUUUGCGCGCUCUCUUUCUAUAUUCAACUAUCAAUCUAUCUUGCUUAAAUUUUUCUUUUUUUGUUUACUUGCAAACAACACAAAAAAUGAAAAGAGAACACACAAACACACACCUCUGUAGUCGGUUCUGGCCAAUGGUCAAAGAUCUAUGAUGCGGUGCUGGCGCUGCUUGAUGAUUCACAACUACCACGAACAACAAUAACAAAUGCACACAGCCAGUCAGCCAGCUAGAUGAUUAUUUACAACCUUUGCAAACAUUUAACGCGUAGCAGAGAAAAAGGGCAACGGACGCAUUUGUUUUUAAAUUAAAGACUUAUCAACAAGAAUUUCGAAAAGCUCAAUCAUAGGAAACCACAUGUGUAUAUAUGUACUAAAUGACUUGAUCAAGUAGAAGAGCAAACAUGUUUUCAAUGCGUGCAAAAAUCGUAAAAUAUAUAUACAUAUAUAUAUAUAUAUGGAUAGAUAUAUAUAUAUAUACAUACAUAUAGCAAUUAACUGAUGUAUUAUUUUAAAAAUGAAAAGAUUGCAACGUUUUAUGGCACUUAACUAUUUAAUUGCAUAUAAUUACAUACGUAGCUAUAAGUAGUGGAUGUGAAUUAAAUAAACAUAAACUAAACUAAUGCGAGUA